AUGUUACUCCGAAUUUCUCUCCAGCAAGUUAAGAACAAUCUCAGACCUUUGAGGCCUAUUCGAAUAUUAUCAACAUCGCCGGAGCUGUCUACUCACCAACCGAAACCUCCGAGAGUGCAAAAUCUGAUUGGAGGUUCUUUCGUUGACUCUCAAUCAUCAUCGUUUAUCGAUGUUAUAAACCCUGCUACGCAAGAGGUUGUUUCUCAAGUUCCAUUAACAACAAGCGAUGAGUUUAAGGCGGCUGUAUCAGCUGCGAAGCAAGCAGUUUCGUUCAUGGAGAAACACACCGAUUACUACUCCGCAGCGCGUUAUGCUGAAGUUUCAAGAGCUUAUACCAAAAAUAUGGACAAACUUGCUAUGAACAUUACGACCGAGCAAAGGAAGACCUUGAAGGAUGCGCAUGGUGAUAUCUUCUGUGGACUAGAGGUUGUGGAGCAUGCGUGUGGAAUGGCGACACUACAGAUGGCUAUGAUUCCUUUAUGGAUGUUUCCCGUUGCUGUGACAUGUGGUAAUACCUUUGUUCUGAAGCCAUCAGAGAAGGAUCCUGGUGCUUCUGUAAUGCUUGCUGAGUUGGCAAUGGAAGCUGGAUUACCUGAUGGAGUUCUCAAUAUCGUUCACGGCACCAAUGAUACUGUGAAUGCUAUCUGUGAUCACGAGGAUAUAAGGGCUGUUUCUUUUGUUGGCUCAAACACUGCCGGAAUGCAUAUAUAUGCAAGAGCAGCGGCUAAAGGCAAACGUAUUCAGUCAAAUAUGGGGGCGAAAAAUCAUGGAGUUGUCUUGCCUGAUGCCAACGUUGAUGCUACUUUAAACGCGCUACUUGCUGCUGGGUUUGGUGCUGCUGGACAGAGAUGCAUGGCACUGAGUACAGUAGUCUUUGUUGGAGAUUCAAAAUCAUGGGAGGAUAAACUCGUUGAGAGAGCCAAAGCCCUUAAAGUCACAUGUGGGACGGAACCAGAUGCAGACCUUGGUCCUGUGAUCAGUAAGCAGGCCAAAGAACGGAUUUGCCGCUUGAUUCAGUCUGCUGUGGACGAUGGUGCCAAAUUGCUGCUUGAUGGAAGAAAUAUUGUGGUUCCAGGAUACGAGAAAGGGAAUUUUAUCGGUCCUACCAUUUUAUCUGGUGUUACCCCAGACAUGGAGUGUUACAAGGAGGAGAUAUUUGGCCCUGUUCUUGUAUGCAUGGAGGCAAGCAGCUUUGACGAGGCCAUAGACAUAUCAAACAGAAACAAGUACGGGAACGGUGCUGCAAUUUUCACAUCAUCUGGUGCAGCGGCGAGGAAGUUCCAGAUGGAAAUAGAAGCAGGACAGAUCGGUAUCAAUGUACCAAUCCCGGUUCCAUUACCGUUCUUCUCCUUCACCGGGAACAAGGCUUCCUUUGCAGGCGAUCUGAAUUUCUAUGGCAAAGCAGGAGUUGACUUUUUCACUCAGAUAAAGACGGUGACACAACAGUGGAAGGAUAUUCCAACUUCAGUAUCUCUUGCAAUGCCUACAUCGCAAAAGACGCAUUUCAUCUGUGUACAGGAACUAGAGCUUGUGCAGAACAAGAUGAGCACCAUACUGUGGGUGAAUUGUGAUGACUGUUGUAAGGCGCAUGAACAUAAGACGGAGAUAGCUCGAAAGAGAAUCUCUGUAGAAUCAAUGCCGGCGCCAUCUUUGCCUCCAACAUAG